ACUCUCUCUCUUCUCCUCUUACCCACAUCGCUUCUUCUCUUCCUUCCUCUUUUUCUUUAGAGUUGCACCUCUCUCUGCUCUGCCUCGUCUCUGCUGCUGUGCCUCCGUCGUCUCGUCUUGCUCUGCUCUGCUCUGCGUUGCGCUGCGAGUUUUCUUUUGGCCUCCGAAUCGAAGCAUCCUUUCUAGCGAUUGUCUCGGUUGCUGCGGGCAAAAAAACAGUUGUACUUUGCUGCUGCCGUCGCUGCGUGUCGCUACUACCUAUUACUACGACCGACUACUACCUUGCCUUACCUUACCACGACCACUUUGGCUGCCGCGCUUUACGUAGUCGACCGACCCAACGUCACCACUGACAGAGCGAGAUCCCCACGGCCCUCACCACCGGAAAAAAAAUCUCUGCGCGCAACUUCCUUGUCGCUUUUUUUUUCUUCCCACGUCGUUUAACCCCCUCCGAAAUUCCUCCCUCGACACGAAAACACUCUUUUCGUAAUUCUUCCCUCCCUUCUUCCCAUCCUCACCCUCCUUACGAGUCGCACGACGGUUUUUUCUUCCUCGUCAUCCGGAAAAAAAGAGUCCUUUUUGUUGGCGCCUAAAAGUCCAAUCAUUUCGGAAUCUUCUUUUGACCCUUUCUCGGAUCGGUGAAAGUUGACUUUGGCCAAGGCGCAAAUAUCGGAGACCCAAAAGUCGAAUUCAAAGCAACGCUCAAUUUUUUGAGUCGGCGACUGUAGCAUUUCUUGCCCCAGUACCCCGUGGCAUAUCGAUCUUUCGUUUUUACGACGGGGCGUGCAGGCGUAAGAGAAUCGACUUUUUACAGAGUGCUUUUCGGUGUCUCGGUUUCGCCUCUGAAUACAGGAUUUUCUGUUUCGAUUUGCAAGACCAAUAACCCUUCUUUCAAGCCGGGAUAGUUGUGUUCCGACUUUAUUAGCUUUCAACGAAUUUUGCAACGUUUCAACUGUGAAAAUGGACGGCAUCAACCCCUACAACCCUGCUCAGGGCAACGGCGCCCCCCCUGCCAACGCUAACGGCGACGGCUUCGGCACUCCCGUCUCUGGCGGCAUGCCUUUCCCUGGCAACAACGGUUCCGGAGAGAUCCCGGGCGGCGUGCAGGCCCCCAACCAGCAGGACGCGAAUAAGAACACCCUCUGGAUGGGCGAGCUCGAGCCCUGGAUGGACGAGAACUUUAUCAAGGGCGUCUUCCUUACCGCCACCGGCGAGCCUGUCAACGUCAAGGUCAUCCGUGACAAGACGUCUGGCAAUGCCGGAUACUGCUUUGUCGAGUUCUCGUCGUCCGACGCUGCCAGCAAGGCUCUCGGCCUGAACGGAACUCCCGUCCCCAACUCCAACCGUGCCUUCAAGCUCAACUGGGCUUCUGGUGGCGGCAUCAACGACCGACGUGACGACCGUGGUCCCGAAUACUCGAUCUUUGUCGGUGACCUCGGCCCCGAGGUCAACGAAUACGUUCUCGUGUCUCUGUUCCAGGCGCGAUUCCCUUCUUGCAAGUCUGCUAAGAUCAUGACGGAUGCCAUGUCGGGACAGUCGCGCGGCUACGGCUUUGUUCGCUUCACCGACGAGCAGGACCAGCAGCGAGCUCUUGUUGAGAUGCAGGGAGUCUACUGCGGCAACCGUCCCAUGCGCAUCUCCACUGCUACCCCCAAGAACCGCAGUAACCACGGCGGCCCGUACCAGCAGCACCACGGCAACCAGAUGAUGGCCCCCGGCCUGCCUCCUCACCAGCAGGGAUUCUACGGGGUUCCCUCGCCUGCUCAGUACGGCGGUGCUUACGGAGCCCCCUACAACCCUCCCGGCCAGCAGAUGAACCAGUUCACCGACCCCAACAACACGACCGUUUUCGUCGGAGGCCUGUCGGGCUACGUUACCGAGGAUGAGCUCCGAAGCUUCUUCCAGGGCUUUGGCGAGAUCACCUACGUCAAGAUUCCUCCUGGCAAGGGCUGCGGCUUCGUCCAGUUCGUCCACCGCCACGCUGCCGAGAUGGCCAUCAACCAGAUGCAGGGAUACCCUAUUGGAAACUCUCGUGUCCGUCUGAGCUGGGGCCGCAGCCAAAACAACUCUGGUGUUGGUACCCCCUACCGUCCUGCCCCUCCCCCGCCUCACUACUUUGCUCCCCCCGGCCCCGGCGCCUACGGACCUGCUCACUUCGGUGCUCCUGGUCCUCACGGCCCCCCGGGACCCCAGGGCCCUCCUGGUGCCCCUCCUCAGAGCGAUGGGUGGACGGAUCACCUUGACGGCUUAUCUGCUCUUGCACUCGCCAUGAACACCCGGCCAAAGGGUCUCAUGAGCUAAGCUGCUCUCACGAUUGUCUUGUUUGCUUAUACACCGAAACUUCGCUCGUCGUUUUCGCUCGCCGCCGCUGCCUUGGGCCCUUUACGCUGCACGAUGGAUACCUGGGCGAAUGACACAUAUUUCUUUGGACUUGUUUGAUCUUAGGCAUACGGAUAGCGGACACGAUUGUGAGACGUCACGAGAACGACGAUUGCGUGCUUUGCGGCCUUAGUUAUUCUCUGGACAUCUGGGCCUGUCUUGGGCGUCGGCUUUCGGAUGGUUCUCUCGACUUGGUUGUUCCCCUUCAUUUGUCUAUUUCCACACGGGACUCGCCCCAACAGAGAUUUCCUAGCUUUUAGUCUGCUUGUCGCUGUUGUUUGUUUCUUGACUAUUCGUGACCGUUCUGCGUGUGAAUCAAGCCUGUUCUGUUCGUUCGAUUUGCCGGCUGGUCGGCCGCUGGUUGUUAGUCUUGAGCUCCGAUACCCCCUCUGUCGUUUACGUUUGCUUGCAGCGAUGGGGCAAACAAAUUGCGUUGAGCUUGUCUCGGGGUUGGUUUGCUUUGUUUUGGAGAGGAUGGGGGGUUUUAUUUUUGCGGGAUUCGGUGUAUCUGUUCAUAGGGCGGGCUAUGAAAAAGGCGCUUUUCCAGGCAGGUCAAGACCAUAUUAUUUCUAGACAUGUCGGGGGCUUGUGGAUGUUUGGUCAGUCGAUGGAAGAGAGCCAAGCUCGAAAGGGAUAGGGAAAACGUCAAAAAGGGUCAUGGUGAUGGGUUGGCGCUGGACCGGUGGGAGAAGAACAAGAGAUUGGAGACAGCUUGGGUGGCUCUCCCUAGGUUGGGGCGAACGGCGUUGGUGGGAUGAAUGCGCAUGGGCGAGUACAUGAGAGACUGGGCUCUGGCCUUGGUGAUUGAAUUCAGAAUGAUAAGUCUCUGUGGGUGGACGAAAUCUGCACUCAAGCUGCUGAAGUUGGUGAUAUCAGGUCCAAUGUGGUUGAGAGUGUGUGGAACCCCCCCUAGUGACCACGACCUCUGGAAAGGGGUUUCUCGAUGGGACUAUCUUGUCCUUUUGCCGAGGUUGGGGAAUGGCACCAUGAGAUCUACCUUGGAUCAUCGCUGGCGAUCCGAUCUCUGUUAGCGAUUGUUCACUUGCUGCCCCUGGAAACGUUGGCUAGUCCCAGCUACACAGCCAGGCGUGUGGUAGUAGUGGUGUUGCAGUCCACAUCAAGAAGACCCGCGGCCUUGUUCCCGCCCAGCUAACCUAUAGAUAAAAGGUUGCAAACUAAACCAGGCCCCUCCCUCUUUCUUCCCUCGCGUCAUUGGAGUAAAACAGCUGAGGAAUGCCAAGGCGAGAUGGAGGGAGGACAUGACGCAAAAAAUGAA